AAGUUGUUUAUAGUAUUAACUUUGUCACCAAACACUUCAGAAGUUUCAAUCUUCAGUCGUUCUUUAAGCAAGAUGAAAAUUACCCUUAUUGUACUUAUCGCUGCCAGCGUUGUCAUGGCCGCUCCAGUUGAAGAGUCGUCGGUGAAGGAAAAGCGCGGUCUCGCCUUGGGCCUCGGCUACCACGCGCCGUUGUUGCCACUCUCCACCUCGCACUUGGUGGCACCAACUGUCUACCACUCAGCACCACUGCUGCAAGCCGCACCCAUCGUACACGCUCCGAUUCUUACGCAUUCCGCACCAAUCAUCACUUCGCAUGCCAUUUCCCAUUCCAUUUUGCCCUCGUAUCAUUUACCAGCUAUUUCUACUUUGCACCAUUACAAAUAAAUGAGGCGAAGGUGUAAAGUGGUAUUUGGAGAUGGAUUAAAUGAGAUCGCUCAUUUAAAAUGGAGGAUGGCUCAGAAUUAAAAGCUUAAUAAGUGUAUAAUAAUCCAGCAACAACGAAAAAGAAAAGCAAAAAA